ACUAACGGCAGUACAAACGGCCCCCAUCAUUGCCGCUAUACCGACUGACUCGUAUGUCGGCAUGUUAAUCGCCGACGCCGACAUCGACAUCUACAUAAACAGAGAUUCUCACCAACAAAUCCAUCAUUCAACAAUCAAACAUCUGUUCUAUCUAUAAACGAGUCAACAUGUCUACUACAGCAAACGCCAUCAUCGACGGCAUCAAGGGUCGCCGCUCCAUCUACGCCCUCACCAACGAAUCCACCAUUCCCGACUCUCGUCUGGAGGAAAUUCUCACCGAAGUCAUCACCCACACACCCAGCUCAUUCAACACGCAGACGUCUCGUGUCGUUGUGCUCCUCAAAGACGAGCAUCAAAAGCUAUGGGACGUUGCGCGCGAAGUAGCCAGUUCGACUGUUCCGGCGGAGCUGUUUCAAAAGUUGUAUAAACCGCGCAUUGAAUUGUUUCGGGCGGGAUACGGCACUAUCUUGUUCUAUGAAGAUCAUGCUCCGUUUGAGCCGUUGGCCGAAAAGUGGCCGAUGCUCAAGGAUAAGUUUCCUGAGUGGUCCAAUCAUUCCAGCGGAAUGCACCAGUUUGCCUUAUGGACACUCCUCGAAGCAGAAGGCCUGGGCUGCAACCUGCAACACUACAGCCCAAUGCUGGAUGAACCUGUAUCCAAACACUGGAACGUUCCCAAAGAAUGGAACCUCAAGGCACAGUUGGUCUUUGGGAAGCCCGUUGGUCCUCCGAAAGAAAAGACUUUCGAACCACUCAGCCAGAGACUAUUUGUGCAUGGAAAGUAAGAAUGGUAUUGGUGAUUGUUGACGGUCUGAGGGUUGGAUUUUAUGAUUUUUAUUAUUUUAUUUUUUUAUUCGGUUAGAUGAGUUAGAUAGGCUGCCUGGAAAUAGGUAACCUCACGCUGUUUAGAAUGUGAACUGGCGGCUGUAUAC